AUGAGUACGAUCCAAUCGAGUUUCUUGAUUGCUACAAUUUUGAUGCUAUUAUUGUUAGAUUUUACCGUCGAUGUUCAAUCUAGUGCCGAUGUUGUUUUUCCUUUGAAAAGAUAUGGUAACAUAGUGCCUGGUACUGACAUUACUAAGGCUUUAGCAAAUGCAUGGAAGGAUGCAUGCACGUCCAAUCGUUCUAGUGCGAUUGUUAUUCCGGGAGGGAUAUUUAAUGUAAAGGAAGGGAUAUUUAAAGGACCUUGUAAUAGCCCAAUUGACUUUCAACUUGGAGGAACAUUGCAGGCACCAAAAAGUCUUCAGGGAAAUAAUUGGAUUACUUUUGAACGUAUUGAUAGAUUGACAUUAUCAGGUGAAGGAGUUUUUGAUGGCCAAGGAAAGGCAGCUUGGAAAAAGAAUGAUUGUCAUAAACGCAUAAAUUGUGCCCAACUCCCCAUUAGUUUGAGGUUCAACUUCAUCACCAAUUCAAUCGUGAAGAGAAUAACGUCACUUGACAGUAAGAACUUCCAUAUCAACGUCCUCGGCUGCAACAACCUCACAUUCCAUAAUAUCAAUAUAACUGCACCAGAAAACAGUCCCAACACUGAUGGAAUACACAUCGGUCGAUCAAAUAGGAUUGCAAUCACAAUGUCCAAAAUUGCAACAGGAGAUGAUUGCAUUUCUCUUGGAGAUGGAAGCAAACAAAUUAACAUCACCAACGUGACAUGUGGGCCAGGACAUGGCAUAAGCAUCGGAAGUCUUGGAAGAUACACUAACGAAGAACCCGUUGAAGGUGUCAUCGUAAAGAACUGCACGAUAAUUAACACCACUAAUGGUGUCAGGAUCAAAACGUGGCCAGCUUCUGCUGCUAGCGGCACCGCCACCAAUAUGCAGUUUUUGGACAUUAUAAUGGUCAAUGUUAGCAACCCUAUUCUAAUAGACCAAGAGUAUUGUCCGUGGAAUCAGUGCAAUCGGAAGAUUCCUUCGAAAAUUAAGAUUAGUAAAGUGAGCUUUAAGAACAUUAGAGGAAGUUGUGCAACUCCAGUGGCAAUCAAACUUAUUUGCAGCCGUCACUUACCAUGUGACGAAGUAAAAGUCGGUGACAUUGACCUCACUUACAAUGGAAUAAAAGGUUCUAUUACAUCUCAAUGCACGAAUGUGAGACCCAUCAUUUCAGGAAAACAGAACCCUAAAAUCUGUUCAUCUCCUUAUGUUGUCCCAUGAAUUGUUGAUUGCCAUAGUACUUCAAACUAACCGAUAACCUUAAUUAAAAGA